AUGUCCAGUAAGAAACCAAUGGACGAGGCUCGUAGGGCACGAUUAAUGUCCCUGGAGCAGAAAAUUCGUGACCCGACAAGCAUGGGCAACAUCGAUUGCCUGCUAGAUACACUGACCGCGCUAGUCGCGGACUGUGAUCAUGAUAAUGUGAAGAUAGUUAAGAACAUCGAAACAUUUAUCAAACGAUUCAAGAAUUUGGCCCGUGACAUCACCACCUUACGGAUGAAUCCGAGUGAUUUCACUUUCAUCAAACUCAUCGGACGUGGAUCAUUUGGUAAGGUGUUGCUAGUACGACACAAAAGCACCAAACAGGUGUACGCAAUGAAACGCUUGUCCAAGUACGAAAUGAUUACACGUUCCGAUACGGCAUUCUUUUGGGAGGAACGUUACAUUAUGGCAAAUGCAAACUCCGAUUGGAUCGUCAAGUUGCAUUUUGCCUUUCAGGAUGCAAAAUUUCUGUACAUGGUAAUGGACUUUAUGCCCGGCGGUGACAUCGUAGGGCUGAUGAAUGUUUACGAGAUACCGGAAAAGUGGGCACUGUUCUACACGAUGGAAGUUGUGUUGGCCCUGGACACGAUCCACCAGAUGGGUUUCAUCCAUCGGGACGUUAAACCCGACAACAUGCUGUUGGACAAGUACGGUCACCUCAAGCUAGCAGAUUUUGGUACAUGCAUGCGUAUGGACAGCGAUGGGUUGGUGCGUUCGUCGAAUGCAGUCGGAACGCCGGAUUACAUUAGCCCGGAGGUAUUGCAGUUUCAGGGAAUUACGGACGGCUAUGGGCGCGAGUGCGACUGGUGGUCGGUGGGCAUUUUUCUUUAUGAAAUUUUGAUCGGUGAUACGCCCUUCUUCUCCGACAGUCUGGUAGGAACGUACAGUAAGAUUAUGGAUUUUAAAAAUUGCCUUCAAUUUCCGGACAAUGCCCCGAUGAGCGAGAAUGCUAAAUCGCUGAUUAAAGGCUUCCUGACGGAUCGUACGGUGCGGCUCGGUCGGCACAGUGUGGAGGAGAUCAAGUCACAUCCGUUCUUUGUGAACGAUACCUGGACGUUUGAGAAUGUUCGCGAUUCGGUACCGCCAGUAGUGCCCGAGUUAAGCGGUGACGACGAUACGCGCAAUUUUGUCGAAGUUGACCGUAAGAACAGCGUUGGCCCUAACUUUCCCACGCCAACCACUUUUGUUGGCGAUAAUCUGCCAUUCAUUGGAUUUACCUACUCGCCCGACUAUCAAUUGCUAAGCGGCGAAGGUGAAAAUAACGAUAAUGAUUCAACAGAGGACACCACUGACAAUAAGGAAGCUGUAGCAAAAGCACACCACCACCGUCUGUCAAAUAACGCUGAGCUGAUGCGACUAGAGAAUAUGCUGCAGCGUGAGAAGCAGGCCGUCGAAACGCUAGAAAAACAGGAACGUACCCUUCGUCAACAGAUUGAGCUUAUAACGAAACGGGAAUCAGAUAUUCAAACCCUUGCAAACGAGUACGAGCGAGAUUUAACUAUGUUGAAGCAUAGUUACCGUGAAGUACAACGGCGAGCAGACGGAGAGCAGGAAACGCGUAAAAAGCUCGAAACCGUGUUAGUAGAGACAAAACAGCGGCUACAGGAAGAACGAAACCUGCGAACGUGCGAAAUGAACAAUCUCCAACAAUAUACCGAUAGAAUCAGUGCCCUCGAGAAGCAGCUGGCGGAUGUACAAGAAAAGUACAAGGCAGAGGUGGAGACUGGCCAGAAAUGUAAAAAGCAGAUCGCAGAGCUCCGAAUGUUAAGCAGCAAUGCAGAACAGAAGGCACUCGAUCUGCAGUCAAUGCUGUUGGGACUGCAAACGAUGCGUGAUAUGCUACAGCAGGAAAUGACGGAGCUGCAAAGCCAGCUAACACAGGAGCGGAACACGCGAAUCAAGAGGAUGGAAUUGCAAAAGGAGCUCGAAGUGAAGGUGCAAUCAAUGUGUGCAGAUAUGGAGCGCAUUUCGAUUCGCGAGCAGCAGGUGUUUGCCGACAAUCGUACUCUUGUCGAUCGAAUUUCGGAGCUGGAAAAAGAAUAUGCCUCGGUGGAAUGUGAGUUGAAGGCAGUUCAAAGCCGUUACGAACAGGAGGUACAGGCGCAUCAGGAAACGGCUAAGGCACGAUUGUUGAACAACGAGGAAGCGAACAUGCAGGAAGUAAAAGCUUUGCAAAAUAAACUCACAGAGGAAAAAUUGGGCCGACAGAAAGCCGAACAAAACUCACAAGAAAAGGAACGUCAACUGUCCAUGCUAUCUGUUGACUAUCGCCAGAUUCAACAGCGUUUGCAAAAACUUGAAGGCGAAUAUCGACAGGAAUCGGAAAAGGUACUUGCCUUACACAGUCAGUUGGAGCAGGAGCAGAGCAAAAAGAAUAGCCUGCUAUCCGAAAUUAGCCUUCAAAGUUCCGAGGUCGCUCAUCUGAAGUCGAAGGAAAUGCAGUCACAGAAGGAACUGCAGCAAUUGCGUGAUACGCGUAAGAAACUGGAAGAAGAUGUGACCAAUAUAAAAAAGCUGCACAAUACGGAUAUUCUGCAGAUGAAAGAAGUCCAAGAUCAGCUGGAGGUAGAACAGUAUUUUUCCAAAUUGUAUAAAACGCAAUACAACGAGUUGCGCGAAGAGAUGAAGGAUCGUAUGCGUCAGCUGCAAAAACUGGACGAGGAACGUUGCAAUAUUAUGCAUCAGCUGCAGUUAGCAAAUGCUCGCGCCGACACAGAAGCACUGGCACGUUCAAUCGCCGAGGAAACAGUGACAGAUUUGGAGAAAGAAAAAACAAUGAAGGAAUUGGAAUUGAAGGAUUUGCUUACCAAACAUCGUAACGAUCUGAUGGCUAAAGAAGCAGUGGUUACGUCGCUGAAGGAUGUCGAAGCAGAACUGAAGAAGUCGCUGGGCAACAAGGAGUACGAGUUGGAGGAUAUGAUGCAACAAAGCAAGAAACAACAGGAGGAACUCUACCGUCUUAAAUACGAACUCGGAGAACUGGACAAGUGUCGAGCAAAGUUGGUGAACGAAACCAUUCUGAAACAGCAGGCGGUGAAUAAACUGGCGGAAAUUAUGAACCGGAAGGAUAACAACUUGACCAGCAAGCAGAAAAUGAAAGUCAACUCGACAGCAGAACUUCGCAAGAAGGAAAAGGAGAACAAGCGACUGCAGCAAGAGCUGUCAGUCGAACGUGCCAAAUAUGACGAAUUGUGUCAGAAGCAUAAUGAUACCAUCGCUCAACUAUCGCGUGAAAUAGAUAUCAAAACCAAGCUACAGAUGGAAAUCGAUUGCAAAGCGACAGAGAUCGAACAUCUGCAAAUAAAACUGAUCGAGACAGCAUCACUAUCCUCUGUUGACAAUGACAUGAUGGAAGAAAAUCAAGACUCCAUCUUCGAGGGUUGGUUAAGCGUACCGAACAAACAGAAUAUAAAGCGUCACGGAUGGAAGCGCCAAUUUGUGGUGGUUUCUCCUAAACGAAUUAUCUUCUACAGUUCAGAGCUGGACAAACAAAAUACAAGCGAUCCAUUGCUAAUAAUCGAUCUGAGCAAGGUGUUUCAUGUACGUCCAGUUACGCAAGGUGACGUCAUUCGAGCCGAUCCCAAAGAAAUACCGCGGAUUUUCCAGUUACUUUAUGCUGGCGAGGGUGAGGCACGUCGUCCAGAUGAACAGCAGCAAUCGGACGUUGCUUCUUCGCGUAGCGAUGAAAAGCCACUCACGCUGCAGUACAAAGGUCACGAGUUUCUCCAAAUAAGUUACCAUAUUCCAACGACAUGCGAUCUUCCUUCGUGCCAGAAGACGCUCUGGCACGUGUUCAAAUCACUGCCGGCAUAUGAAUGCAAACGCUGCCGAUUCAAGCUGCACAAGGAGCAUGUGGACAACAACAACCCGUUAGCACCGUGUAAGCUGCAUCACGAUCCAAAUCACGCACGUGAAAUGCUGUUGCUCGCUGCCUCCAACGAUGAUCAACAUCGUUGGGUUAGCCGUUUGUCCAAGCGCAUUCAAAAGAGUGGCUAUAAGGCUAACUCGAAUAACAAUGUCGGUACGCUUGGUGGAAGUGCCAACAGCUCGACCGGUGGUAGUAGUGUUGGUGGUGGCGGUGGUCUAGGUAACAACGGUAACAAUCUACCAUCAGGUAACUCCAGCACAAAUAUGGAUUCAACGAAAGUUUCACCCAGCCAAUCUGCUCGAUCAAAUAACAAACCAAAUUCGGCAACCGUAGUACAACGAUCAGCCACUCUGCCAACCAAUGCUUCUCUAAAGCAAUCGCCUCCGUGAUCAACUACAGACACCGCCAUUAGUAUACGGAUCAGUGCCGUCUGAUGGCAUUAUAAUUUGGCUGCGAAUAUUGCUACGUUUAUAUCUGUACUUUAAGCAUCUUUUAUAUUUUCUAUUAACUUCCCGGAUAUUCUUUCAUUCCAAACCGUCCGUUGAAUGAUAAUGGCAUGGUUUCUGGCGAACGAUUGCUCACGAGCAAUCGUUCGUGAUGAACUCACACCCCAGUUUGUAUGCUAUACAGCAUAUACGAAUUUUUGUUUUCCACAAUUUUAAACUAACUUCAAUACUACAGUUGCAAAUCAUUACCCGUGUCAUACGGUGUGCAAAAUCGUUUUUUUACAUUGCAGUCGGUAAAUAGUUUUCACCGACUGUGUUUUGGGAUGAAUAAUAAUCCAAUUUUGGUCUUUUUAGGAUUUUUUAGGAUGAAUCGUCAUUUACAUAAUUGACAAAAGCAAUGAAAAUCUAUCUAAAACUUGCCAGACCAUUGAAACGGGUUUAAGGAAUUAUUCAGCGUGAAGCGUCAAUUGAACAAAAAAGGUCUUCACCUUAAAGGCUUAAAACCUAUUAAAUUAGAACAGGUAUCAAAUUUUUAGUUAUUUGAUAUUUUUCUUAUUUCCAAACAUAUUAAGCAAUUAAUCCCCUCUGCUGUCCUUCUUUUAUAUGGAGCAAUGCAAAAACAAACCAAUGUAUCGAUCCAUCCAGUUACUCAUCGAGUAACGUUCGCCGGAAACCGUGCCAAUAACUUUUCAAACGAUAAUUUGUUCGUUGUAAUUGAAAUAUUUUAUUUAUUUGAUUUGUGUGACAAUAGUUGUGAAUGCGUAAUGCGAAUGACUUCUGUAAAUGAAUUAAUUUCAUUCUAAUUUUGUGUUGUUCAUGAUCCUCAUAUUAGCACACGGAAAACAAUUCCACGGACAAAAACACAUAAAGUGAUAGUGAAGAUAGUGUUUUUUCCAAUUUUCAGUUUUAAAUUGCUCAAGUGUGAGGAUCAACAGCUUUUGACUAUUCGCAUUCAUCAGAUCUCAAGCGUUACACAACUUUUCAUUUUAAAAGCGAACAUUGCUUUCAAUAUGAUAAUAGAGCCAUGCACCAUGUGCGAUCGAAAUGUUGCAUUUGUUCCAUAUUUUUGUCCUCUUGUAAUCGCGUAUACGCCGUGUGCGUACAGAAAUUAAUCUGCGAAUUUCAAUUAUACAAUUAAGCAUGAAAAAAGGAUCAUUAUUAAUUUUUAUCAUGCGUAAUUCGUAAUUAUUAGUGUUAACAUCCUCCAAACAAGCGAAAGUGUUAUAAAUGAACCAUACAGCCUGCGACUGUAUUACCUUAUUAUUUCAAUCUCUCUUCAUGCAAUUUGCUUUACUAGUAAUGGCGUGGUGCAUUGGUAGCGGCGCCGGUCUUCACACGACAGGACCAAGGAAAACCCCCAUCUGGACCAAACCCCUGUAGCAAGGAUUGACUAACCGGCUACGAGGUAAAAAUAAGUCGAUACGGCCUGGCCGUUCUAAAAAAAGUGAAUUGUUUAAACCAGGGGUCGGCACACCUUUCACGAAUAGGCCCAGAUAGUACAAGCAAUUCUGAAGCUGCGGGCCAGAUACUCUAAAUAAGGGUUUAGAUAUAUGACACAGGUGAUAUAAGAAAAUCUUUGAAAAGAUUUUCUUUUAAAUUAUCCAAGCGUAUCGGUUCUGCUGGUACAUGUACUUCUUUUUUAAAUUAUGGUUCCAAAUUGUACGCAAUACUUUUUUAAUUGUUUAUACUUUUUUAUAUUACUAUAAUGCCAUCCAAUGUUUCUUGGCUUUGAAUAUCUGCGAUCCUUUGAACAUCUGCGGAAUGUGACAAAAUGAAGCUGCUCAGUCGGAUUUUGAAAUAAUUGACCAAACUCUGCCAUUGUCAAGUACUGUCACAUGGUACCGAAAAUCGUUACAUUGAGGUUUCGUUUUGUGCGUGAAACAAUAACUAAACAGAAUAUGGGAAUCCAAACUGUCUUCAUUACCGCAUAACCUGGUCUUCGCGUUCAAGCAACCUAAGUAAGCUUUCAGACUGACCAAGAAUUAAUUGGUCGGGAAAAGACGACCAAAGAAAUUUUGUUGAAAAAUGUAGACAAAUAUGACUCAUUUGACGACGAUGAUGAGACGCAUGUAUACAUUGCUAGUGUCGUGAUUAAGAGAUCUUGUGUUGUUUGUUUGGUCUUUCAAAAUUGUCAGGAUAAUGCAGGAUUUGGCCCGCGGGCCGCCAUUUGCCGACCCCUGUAUUAAACUAAAAAUGAAUUAAACGCGCGCAAAACCAUCCAAUUUUGGCGUUGCCAAAGACAUACAGGCAUACUUCUUAACAAAUGGUCAUAGCCGAUAUUCUAGUAUUAAAUUAAUAAUUAUUGCCUGUCGCGAUAAUUUAAUUCAGGUGUGAAUACUUCCCAUUAUAACUCACCAACCAAUGCCAUUUUGAAGGAUUCUGUUUGCUGAUUGCUGAAAACACGUUUAAAGAGAAUACAUAAACGACCAAACCGACUGCGAUAAAAUCCAUUUUCUAUAAAACCGCCCUUUGUCAGUAUCUAAGUUCAUCUGCUGCAUUCCUGUAUGUAAACACCGCGAUACUCCGCAGUAAAAAAAUGUAUUAGCUGUAUUUGUUUUUUUUAUUACUAGGACCAUUCAUUGCUGGAAAAUUGCGUUUAGCAAAAACAAUACUUGCAACCCGAAAAAAGGGAAUAUUAACCUCGAUAAGAUUGUAUGACGAAAGUGUACAAGUGUUUGUUUUGUAAAAAAAAUCGUUAACUUUUUGUCUUUAAAUAAUAGUCAACAGUUGCAGAUAGUACAGCAGAUUUAUUAGCAGUGACAUAGCACAUCAGUAAUGUUCGCUAGUAUUAGUUGCAUUUAGUUGCAUUAGACGGUAUUGUCCGGGAGUUGGAUUGGACAACUAUAUAAUCCGGCGUAUUAUAAGUAAUAGAAAACAAACACGUGCGAGUCGUAUAUUUUGAAACGGAAGUAUUCAUAGACGAAUUAGUGGAUUUGCUUCUAACAUAAAAGGAAAGCAGAUAACAUUAUUUUUUUCUACAAAAGUUAACAAACAACACAGGGAAAAAUCGAUAAACGGUUAGAAAGUAAUGCAACUACAUCGACCAACAAUAUUAAAAACCACAUGAGAGUUUUGUAGAUACAGAGGAAACGUUAUGGAGAAUUCUAAAUUCCUUACAAGGCUGAUGCUGAGUUACGACUUAGUUUACGACUCGAUGUGGUAUUUUUCGCACAUCAAUGCAUUUGUCUGUUUCGUGCUAUGAUAAUUCUAUGGAAAAAGUUCCCCCUAGAAUAGACUGUUGUUGUUUUUUUGUAUAUUCUGUUGGAUUGUUGGAGAUAUAGUUUUCGCAACAUUUUAUUCCAAGAGGUAUAAAUAGCUUACAACAAAGGACGGCGAUAUGAAAGUAGGGAAAAUACCAUAUGUAAUAAGUGAGCUAAUCUAAUCGAAUGAUCGUAGGGGGAGCAUCAGCAGGUGGCGGAAGAUUAAGUAACAAACAACGAAUCUGUAUGUUGCGCUCUAGAACAGUUUCAAAAGGUCAAACGUAGUCUAAUUUUGAACGAAAAAAUGGAUACUACCGGAUUAGGCAGUGCGCGAAUGAACCAGCAAAAAAUGCUGUUUUAACAUGUGCCCUGCUAUAACAUAAAAGUGCCUUGGAACGGAACACAUUUCGCACGGUUAACUAUAACACGUUUCCCGAAAUUUACAAAACAUGAAUUAUAUCAUAACCAUUAUUAUAGCAGAAUACGUUGCUCGAUUUGCAACUGCAAGAACAGAAGUUAGGAGCGAAUGAAAGUACUAUUCAUAUCAGAAGGCAGAUGCAACCACUACCAGAUGUAAAUAAAAACAAUGGAAUCAGAGGAAUUAUACAAACCGACAAUAUAAAAAAGGAAUAAUGUAUGAGUGAGAAAACCCCAAAUGUUGCCAACUGUACAGACUUCCAAAUAAUACGCAAUUGGCGUUUUUUAAGGAAGUAGGGAUCCUAAAAACCGCAAAAUUUGUAAUAAUAAA